CACUCGCGCGCGCUGGGAACAAACGAUACAACAUUGCGGCGUAUGAGCUCAAACCCUGAACAAAAGACAUCCUCAUAAAACAGGGAAUGGUGGGAGCAGCGUUGUGGAAUGUUUAGAAGUUAUUUUGAACGCAUUAGCAAAGGCAAAUAAUUAUUUUGGCCGCUGAUUUAAAGGGUUGUGUGUUGCCAAAUCUGCGGGACGCGCGUUGCUCUCCACCAAAGCCAGCUACAGGGGAGGGACACCGCCGAUUUCUCGACUUCACCGCUCUGACUGAAGGGGAGGGGGUCCGUAGACCAAAAUUGAUGGUAGUGGGCACUGAGAAAGACUAGCUACUCCUGUUGAUAAUAAAGGCAAAAUACACCUUUCAGUCGAAUACAGCGGAGUUGGUGAAACGGGCCGGUAGUGAAACAUGGAGAUGUCUGAGGCGCUGUCACAGCAGGAGAGAAUCCAGGCUAUAGCGGAGAAGAGGAAGAGGCAGACAGAGAUCGAGAACAAGAAGAGGCAGCUGGAAGACGACAGGAGACAGCUUUCACACCUCAAGCAAAAGUCCCUGAGGGAAAAAUGGUUGCUGGAUGGAGCUGCUGGGUCGGAGCAGGACGAGGCCAAGAAACAGCUGGAGGAGGAUGAAGUCAAGCUCAAGGGGAUGGAGGAGAACAUCAUUAGACUGGAGCAGGAACUGGAGGAGCUGGGGACAGGCGUCUCGGCGACCUCCACCAAAGAGAGUCUGACAGAUGCAGCCAAGGAGGAGGAAGCCAAGACAGCCGACAACAAAGCGGCUCCGGCAGGCACUGUGCAAGCGAUGUACUCAGUAGAGAUCACCGUUGAGAGGGACAAUGUCACGGGCGAGACUAAGGUGUUGUCCACCAACACCCUACUGCCCAUUAACCUCUCUGGGCAAGGGGUCAAGGUGUAUGAGGAUUACCAGAAAGUGGUACACGAGGUGAACGGGGAGAACGGGGUCCACCAGCUCAGCGCCAACGAGGUGGACGAGCUCAUCCACAAAGCUGACGAGUCCAUGAUGAGCGACGCCACCACCGCUGGCGCCACCUCCACCGCCCCUGUCUUCCCCACCGACGCUGAGUUGGCCGCCGAGCAGCAGACGACACCCCAGAAGGAGAUCACAGGCAUGGAGGCCAAGGCAGGCGGCGCCAGUCCCCAGCCAGGUGGAGGCGAGGUGGAGGCCAGCGCCGAGAACCCUGUCACUAUGGUGUUCAUGGGCUACCAGAGUGUGGAGGACGAGGCGGAGACCAACAAGGUGCUGGGCCUGGAGGGCACCGUCAAGGCCGAGCUGGUGGUCAUCGAGGACGGCAAGGGCAAGAAUGUGAUGGUGGGGCCCACUCCAGCCACCGUGACCGUCACCGAGGGAGGCGCCAAGGAAGAGCAGUCGCCCCCGCCCAACGGCAGCGCCGCUGACCCCACCAAGACCCCCCAGGAGACGGCCUCUGCGGGGGAGAAAGGGGGAGAGCCAGAAGGGGGCGCUACUGAGCUCAACAACAAGGAGAAGCAGCCUUGCAAGUGCUGCACCAUCAUGUGAUUCCUCCCGGAACUUGACUUUUCAAGGAGAAAUGACAAACCAACAACAACCAUAACGUCAUGAAAACCAACAAAAACUCACCCCCCCACCCGAAAAAAAAAAGGCAUAAAUGUUCUUUAUCUUAUGAUAGCCAGCUGUUGUUUCCCGACUUCAUUUUCAUCUACGUUUUAGGUCUUUUAUUACAUUUUUCUAACUUCUUUCCUUUCUAUUAUUUCAGGUUUUGUUGGUUUGUUUGUUUUUUGUUGUUGCCAAGGUGAGCAAUCCCUGCGUUCUCAUACUUUGAGAUUGCUGAGGUAGAGAGGAGAUAGAAAAGGAAGGAGAGAAGGAGAGAAGGAGAGAAAGAGAGAAGGAAAGAGGAAGGGGUUUGUUCACUCACCCAGCAUUGUCCAACAAGCAUUUUUUUGAAAUGACAUCUCUUAUACACCGCCAUGAUUUUUUAAUCUUAACUUUCUGUAUGAAGGACAGAUAUAUCUCUUUAUAUAUCUAUAUAUAUAUACAUUGUUUAUUUUAAAGAUAUAUUUAUUGGACGUUUUUAUUUUUUGAAAAUGCCCUCUGGAAACAGAAGCAUGGUAUUCAUUGUUUUUUCUGUCCUGUGCUAGUGCAUUUUAGAUAAAAACUGGGAAAUAAUUUUCUCAACACUUGGAAUAUUUAUGUGAGAGAAUUCUCUUGGAUUUUCUUUUCCAGAAAAAAAAGAAAAUAAAAGUGACUUUGGAAUGUCUGAGACAGACACAACACUGAUAUUUUGAAGUGACAUGCAAUGAGACGUCAGUGAUAUUGAUGACAUCGAAGUACUGUGUGCGUGUGUGUAUGAGCAUGCAUGAAUGUGUGUGGGUGUGUGUGUGUUGGAUUAAAAUUACCUCAUUGGUCCUUAUAUCAUCCUACACUACACUACCCACAAUCCCCAUCACCUCUUUUCUUUCUGGAAGAAAAACGAUCCACGCUAUUUUUGGUGAUUUUCCUGCAACCAAAUCAACUAGACUAGUUCGACAACACUAGUAAUGAAUUUAAUAACAUGCGUGAAGGUCAUUCAUACCGAAGCUUGAGACUGAUGAAAUGAAUGCCCCUGUGUAAGGCUUCAUGUUUGUGUGGUUCACCCCCACUUAACUACAUUACCCAGAAUACCACUGCCCCUUUAAAAUAAAUAAUGUUGCUUACAGCUGCCUUUGUGAUAACGUUAACUACUUUUCUUUAACUCAUUGACAUAAUCCAAGCUCUGGCACCUGAUGUUAUGACCUAGCUACUAACAGCUGUGUUUUUAAAUGAUGGUCAGCCUGGACAGGCCCUUCCAAUGUCCCGAAGAUUUUUGGCUGGAUAUUAACUACUGUGGAAUUGGUGCAUAGAGCAUAGUCUGUUGUUUUAAACGGCAGCGCAUAUCCUACCAAACUGUGUUGCAAAUACUG